UCGGCACGGGGGGCGGAGGCGAGACCGGAACCGAGUCGGCGCAGCCUCGGCUGCCAUCUCAGCACCUCGGGGUGCUGCUCCUGCCCUGGGACCCCCACGCCAAGGCAGCAUGGAGGAUUUGGACGCUUUGCUGGCAGAACUGGAGCAGAGCUCCUGUCUGGCCUCCAAGGACUGUGCGCUGCAGGGACCAAGCUCCUGCCAGGAUGCCCAGCAAGGUGCCCAGAAGGCGCCGCUGCCGCCUCGAGCUCAGCCUCCAGGAGAAGGUUUGGAUUCAGUGUACAGCACCCCUGUGCCAGUCCCAAAGCCGCUGCUCCCCUCACCCCCACCCACGGAGGCCGCCUGGCAGCUGGAUGAGCUCCUGGCCGACCUGGGCCACACGCAGAGCAAGCAGCUGGCAGCUGCAGGGCGGGGAGCCGGGGUGCGCACAGAGUCCUUGCUGGACAACAUGCUGGACAGCCUCACGCGCGACCUGCAGGAGCUGGGCAUCACAGCCGCGCCCACCGGCGUCUGCGCCGCGUGCCGCAAGCCCAUCGCCGGCAAGGUGCUCACAGCCCUGGGCAGAACCUGGCACCCCGAGCACUUCACCUGCGCCCGCUGCGGGCGGGAGCUGGACAAGAAGCCCUUCUUCGAGCAGGGUGGGCGGGCGUUCUGCGAGGAGGAUUAUCACCAGGCCUUCUCCCCGCGCUGUGCCUACUGCGCCGGCCCCAUCCGCGAGAAAGUCCUCACGGCCCUGGAGCGGACCUGGCACCCCGAGCAUUUCUUCUGCGCCCACUGCGGGAAGGUGUUCGGAGAUGAGGGGUUCCUGGAGCACAACGGGAAGCCAUACUGCCACCAGGACUUCCUGGCCAUGUUUGCCCGCAAAUGCCAAGGCUGUGAGCGCCCUGUCCUGGACAACUACUUGUCGGCCCUGGAGGGUGUCUGGCACACCGAGUGCUUCGUGUGCACGGAGUGCCUGACUGGCUUCACCGGCGGGUCCUUCUUCGAGCUGGAGGGGCGGCCCUACUGCGAGCUGCACUUCCACCAGCGGCAGGGCACCAUCUGCCACGGCUGCGGCCGCCCCGUCACCGGGCGCUGCAUCACGGCCGCGGGGCGCAGGUACCACCCCGAGCACUUCGUCUGCACCUACUGCCUGGGCCGGCUGCACAAGGGCACCGUCCGCGAGUGCGGUGACAAGAUGUACUGCCAGCCCUGCUACGACAAGCUCUUUGUCUGAGCCCCAGGCGCCCAGCACACGGCCUACCCACCAUCACCACACCAGGCUUUGUCCCUGCUGACCCAAACACACCUCAGAUCCUGCUCACCAACAUCCCUGGCGCUGG